UUCGCAGCGCAGGGAAGCCGCACGUCAGAGGCAUAAUGGCGGAGGCUGGUUGAGAAGGAGAAUUACUCCGUAAAUCGGCGCUGAAACCAACUUCACCGCCAGUCGACUGAAGUGAUCGGUGGCCAAAAUGGCCUGCAAUCUGAGCGAGGACAGAAAAUACGAGCGAGACAGCGUCAAGCCCAGCGGCUUGCGCGUGGACGGCGGCGAGAGCCAGGAACAAUUGUCAGCCUCUACCACGACUACAUCCAAGCAAAAUGGCGAUCAGGCUGGAUGCGAAGACGAGCAAAUGACUGAACAAGAUGCUUGCGAGAGGCGGAGGAGCGGGCUGUCAGAUUUGAAGGGCUGCAGCACUUCGCCUUCGCCGUUGCUCCGAUCAGCCGAGGAGUGGCCGCGGAAGACCUUCCAAAUCCCUCGCAAGAUCAAGGAGCGCAAAGGUCUGCUCCAGCAGAUAAUGCCAGAAUCAUGGGAAUUUGAGGAGCUUUUUAAACUGCUCUCUUCCUCAUACCUGGAUGCAUCAUCUCGAGGAGCUUUCACCUACACUAAAGCAUGUCUCAUUCACAAUGAGCUCCUGGAGAAAGAGUACAUAGAGAAGAAAAGGGAACUCAAGCAAGCUGGACGGACAGACGCUGAGCUUACUGACUCCUACGCUUUUCUGCUGCCUGAUGCAAAAAAGACUCGCUGGAUCUGUGAGAAGGGCCUUUCAGUGGGGCAUGCACGUAUUAACAAUCUGGGAAAUCCCAGUAAAGGAAUUUACUUAUCAAAAUAUUCAGAUUUGUUGCAAAUGAAUCCAUUCGAAGCCGGUGCUUCUGGGGACAUAAUCAUAUUUAAAGUCAUGAAGGGUAGAUUAAAAAGCAUAUUUGAAAAUAUGCCCAAGAGUAAUCUGGAACUUGUUCCUAAGUUUGACUGCCACAUGCACAAAAAUGCCAGCAAAGUUACCUCAUUAUUGUCAUAUAGGGCUUUUGAGCUCACUCAGCAAUACUUUUAUGAGUUUGCUUUUGAGGAGCUGAGGACACGGCCCAGACAUGUGUGUCCCUAUGCUGUGGUGUCUUUUCAGUACAAAGGCAAAGAGGCAGCCACAGCUGCUCACAGAUUGAACAGUGGCGUGUAUGAAGGACAUAGAGGAUGGCGUAGGUAUACAGUGUGGAGUGGUCCGUUAGUGAACAGGGGAGAAGAGUUGUAUCAUGUGUGCAUUCGGUCGCCCAACCCCCUUUCUGCCAUUCAAACUUCCGGCAAAAUUGACAUAAGUAUGGCAAUGCACCUUGAUCAAGUGAGAAGGAAAAUUCCCUCUACACUGCUUUCAUGGGACGCAUACAGUGACACACAAGAAGUAAUGAAAUGUGGGCUGUACUGCAGCCUCUUUGAUGUCAUGGCUAAGACCAAGCAGGGAAACUGUUUGUCUGGCCUGCUACACAAAAUGGAGAAAGAGAAAAUGGUUCUUGUGAAGCCACUGGCAGAAAGGGGCUUUCUUUUCCUCCUGUCAUCAUCUCACUUGCACAAUUCUAAUGAGAGGCGAGGGAGAAGUGACAGAGGAUUGCAGGCACUUUUUGUUUUUCAAGAAUCAAGAAUUACAGGUAGAUUAAUGUCCAAGCACGCUGGCCUACAUGUGGACUCUCUGGUUCCGUUAGAGCCUAAAGACCCAAACACUGAACAUAUAGAGACCUUUGCGCCUGCCCUGCACCAUUCUUUCUACAAACUGCGCUCAAAUCCACCGAAAGAUCUGGCGAGUGCAGUGAAAACCCAGGCCCUGGACUAUCUGAGUUUGAGGGAACAAGGCUCAGGACGGCUUUUCUCUGUGCCUGAGUAUAGAUCAAACAUGGAUGAACGGUCUGGGACAUACCCACCAAAACGCUCCAAGAGCAUGGACUUAAUGUUGAAUACAUAUGUUCGUGCACCUGCAAACUUCCAACUGGCUAUAUCAUGCCUGCAGCAGGACGUGGAGGAAAGUGGUCCUCCUAUGGUUGACGAAUACAGUCCUGUGUCUGACUGGAGUGGCUCAAGCAGCACCAAGACUGGGCUGGCACAGUCUAAUGGUAGUGGUGCUCAGAAGCCCCAGGGCGAGUAUGAUAAAGACAAGAUGGAGAAGCUGCUGAAACUGAUCCAACUGCACAAGCGGGCACUGGGCAAGGAGGAUGGAGCCAUGCAGGACCACAGCGAGGACUGGGAGCCUGCAGGGCACAAGCGGAGGCCUGAGGGAGACAUCUCUACCGGAGUCAGCAAGUACCAAAAGACCGAAGUGGUUAGCAAUGGAGAGAUAGGAAGAGUUCCUCAGGGCGAAACGUCAAUGUCUUUGUCGACAGUGAUGGAUGGCAUAGGGAUGUGUGACACAGACCUGCGUGAUCACGUUAGCCACACCACACCCAUCCAGGACACGCAGACUCUGCUCAAGAUCUUGAUUAGUGCUCUGAAAAAGGUAUCUCAAAGCUCUGCUUCUGCUUCUGCCACCACUGCACCUCUUAUGCUGCCCACGCAACUCCAGGAGAGCCUGGUACCUGAGCGGUCGUGUGAGCCAGCCGAACCAACUGCCCACUAUGAACGCAAUUCAAGAGCUAGGCACACAGAGGAGGAGCAGGUCUCACAGGAUUACCUAGAGGAUCAGAUGGCAUGCAGUAUUGGCAGUAUGGAUAUGUGCAGUCCAUCCUCCAGCUUUGAGCAACAGGUGCUGGUCCCUGCUGAAGCUAGUCAUAAUCGCUUACAGUGGCGAACAAACUCUACAGCCACAGUCCCAGUUACUGUGGGGGAGGAAGGGACAUCUUAUAUAUCAGUAAAGGACAGAUCAGUGCCAACAGUCCAAACCUUGGACUCCAUUCUGGACCAGGAGUUUCAGUCUCUCUGCACAGGCAUUCAGGAGAUGAUGGAAAGGCAGCAUAUAUUUUAUGUUUCCCAGCCUACAAUUCCUCGGCAAGAGGCUACACCUAGCAGAUUGGAUUCCACCUUUUCUACAUAUGUUUCAGAAUACAUUUCGCCUUUUCCAGUACAAGGUUAUAUCAGCAUGUUAUGCGAAAAAAUGAAUCACAUGAUUAGCUUACCUGCUGCUCCUCCUUUCCCUGUUGUUCCAAAUGAGGCAGUUCAACCUGUUCUUGCUCCUCCUCCACCUGUUGCUCCUCUUUCUGCUGCACUUACUGCAGCUCCUACUGUUACUCCUGCUGCUGUCCUCCCCUCCAAACAGUCAGCUUUAAAGACUUUGAAAUCGCAGGAAUCCUCACACAAGACAGCCAGUAAGCAAAUAACACCCAUUUCAACACCGACAUCAACCCCUGGCUCUACUCCCACCCCGAUUCCACCUCCAGCUCUUAAGAAACAGCCCUCACCUACCAGCAAAUCUCACCACGAGAAAAAGACAGAUGCAAAGGUUCCAAAUAUUGCAGACAGUCCUAAAUGCAUGCUCACAGUAAGCACUGGUCUCCCACUGAUACCCGAGGUGCCCCCUGAACCAGCGCAGACAGGCGCACCAGGAAAUGACAUGAUUGGCCAGAUCAAGCCAGAUGUGCUGUGCACACUGAUGGAGAUCAUGCAAAUGAAUGCAGUACGUUUUUACAUUCAGCGGGGGGAUGAUGAGGAAAACAAACUCUGCACUGAGAUUAAGAGUUAUUUAGAAAACCUUGGCAACAUUGAGUGCAAUCCUCUGAAAUAUCUGGAAAACAACUGUCAGCAGAAGUUUAUGGUCAUCAUUCAGAAUGAAGACAUAGCUUCUCGUGUUCACAAGAUUCCAGCAUUGGUGUCAUUAAAGAAAUUGAAUACAGUGUAUUUUGCUGGUGUGGACAGCUUAGAUGAUGUGAAAAAUCGCACUUACAAUGAGCUUUUUAUGUCUGGAGGCCUAAUUGUAUCAGAUGAGUUCAUCUUGAACCCUGACUUCAUCACUUUAGAAAAGCUUCAAGUAUUUCUGCAGUUCCUGGAGCAGCAGAGCAUGCCAUGGAAAUGGAAAGUUCACUGUAAGACUCAGAAGAAGCUGAAAGAGCUCAGCAGGUCAAACUCUGAAGCUCUGGAUCUACUGAAUCUGCUGACAGCUUAUCAAAAGAAGCACCUGGUGGAGUUCUUACCUUACCAUGAGUGUGAUGCUCCGUCACGACAAGCUCCAGAUCUGGACUGUCUGGUGAAGUUACAGGCUCAGCACACACAGCUACGACACAUCAUCUUCCUCACAGAUCAGUCUAUUGAUGAGCCCAAGUUCUCUAGUAAUGGGAUCAUCACUGCUAGCCUGAAUGACAUCAUAGUAGACUUUGAGAGCCUGAUAAGCAGGAAUAAAUCAGAAGACUGCACCCAGCCCAUUGUCCUGCCUCCAGCAGAGCCAGAUGCGUGCAUGGAGGAGGAGGACAUGUCCCUUGACUCUGAUGAAGAUGCUACAAUGCAAGUAGGGGUGAGGGCAGCAGAGAAGCAGACUGCUCUACCGUCUGAACCUGUGACUGAGGACGUUCUACCCCCUCUCUCUGACCUACAUUGCACAGAUUCUCUGUCGUCUUGUCCUGUGGAUUACAGCAUUCUGAAGGCGGCCAUCUCACAGUAUAAAACUUCAAAGCAGUCUGGAACCUCCAUAGAUGAGGAGGAGGACAACUUAGCUAGUUUUGGCGUGAACCCCCACCAGAGCUACUUGUACCCCAACUCGGCACAAUGGAGCCCCUAUUCCGGUUCUCCUGGCUUUCACAUGAGUUCUGCCUAUUCCUCACCUGCAUGCUCGACCUUGCAAGGACAGGAGUACAGCCAAGUGAGUAGCAGAAAUGCUACCCUGGCCAACACUGUGCCCCUGUCCCAACUUCCUAAUCAAGCGAACCCCAACACUUCUUGUGUGAGCCAGUCUGCUAACCCUACACCUACAGGCCUGUCCCAGGCAUCCUGUAGCAAAGGGGAUGCAAAUCCUGAAGGGCUGUCCUGCUCUCAAGCCUUGCCUCAGGCUCAAACUCCAUCUGGUGCUGGUGACUGUCAUUUGUUUUUGCCUGGCUCUCAGGAUGCACAGACAAAAGCCACUGAACCUCUUGCCUUCUGUUCUUCUUCCUCUGUACCUUCUACUUUGCCCAGCUAUCCAGAUGCUCCUGUAUUCCCUGGUCCCAUACCCACACCCCCUGGACCACCCAUGUAUAACUGGACAGCCCCAACAGUUGCACAGGACAGCUAUACACCUGGUAUGAGCCCGGCAGUUUUUGGAAAGAAUGAAGGCACAGUUUCAGCUGAAGGAUUAUCUAUUGGGACUGGAAAUAUAGUUGAUGAAAGCAUGUCUGGCCCACCACCAUCCUCCAUGCAGUUCCAAGAAAUAGGGUCUGAGCAGAGCAGCACAUCAGGCAGUGUAAUGCCCAGCAAUCAGGGCUGUAGGACUUCAUUAAACUCUUGUACAGAGACCCACAGAGGUGGCAUUACACCUGGCCGUGGAAUGCCUGGAGGCUGCAUGCCUAGCAAUCCCAGAGGGCUUCUACCACGUCCUGGAGUCACAAUGCGUCCUGUGUGCCGAGGAGGGCCGCAUGGACCAAUCCCACACAGUGGGAACCACAUGUUCGGUCCCCGAGGGCCCAUGCCAGGGCCUAUGGACAUAAGGCGUGGAGGCUUUAGAGGGAGAGGUCCCCCUAUGCCUAUGAGAUCCAGACCAGGCAGAGGGUCACUGUGGGGAGGUACGCACUGUAAUCGGGGCUAUGGUCCUCCGAAGGAUUACUACUCAGACUACACUUACUAAAAUGUUGGGAGCAGUCAGGACUUACAGACUACUGCCAUACAGAAUGUAUAUAUUCAACAUGAAGAGCACAUUAAAUUUAAGAAAGAAAAAAGAAAAAAAAAAAUUGGUUUUGUACCAUUUGUUCAUCAAAUCAGAAUGCGUCCAGGCCCGUGACUCUUCUUUAACGAGUUGUUUGAAACCUUGUUCAGACCACUAUAUUUAUAUCGCCAAGAAAUGUAAUUACCUUUCAAUGUAUUUUUUUUGUUGUUGUUUUGUUUUGUUUCUUUUGUGUUUAUAAUUUUCAAAAUGGAUAGUGAACAAGGGGCAAAAUGCAGACAAUAUUUUUUUAAAAAGGAAAUUGUGAAUCACUUAAUUUUAGCCUUUUUUUUUUUUUUUUUUU